AUGCGCCGGAUAACUUUAUUACUGUUUAUUUUAGCUGUGAUAUGCCCAGAAGCCUCUGCCGGAUUCAUUACUAAUGCCAUCUGGAACUUCUUUAGCGGCACAAAGUCGAGCGUCCCGGAGAGUGUAGCUAUCCUGGCUUAUAAAAAUCUGAACUACAAACCUGGAGAUGCCUUCCCGAAAAUUAGCGUCGAUAAGCCUCUAAUUAAUGGCCAAUUCGUGCAUCUACGAGGUGUUUUGAACUAUAAUCAUGUCGAUAUCGAUUUGUUCAACGUCUACUUCCGAGACCAAUCAGCCCAGUACGGAAAUCGGCUAGUAACAUUCUUCAAAUUUUUAGUUUCCCCAAAAUUCACGUUUGAAUCCCGAUUCUCGAAUGGUACUGUGUUGAGGGACAGAGCAACGAAUGGGAUGGGGGCGGGAACUCGUUUCGACUUCCGGGUUCGGAUCUUGCCGAGUCAUAUUCAGGUCUUCGCAAACCGCGGAGAAAUCGGCAUCUUUGACAAGCCCGAUACCAUGAGUACAGUAACCGCCAUCACGGUGUCCGGAAAUUUCUCCGAAAUUCAAGUUUUCACG